AUGAGUCGCAAAAAGAUGAUUAGGAAACCAGCCGCUUCCCGUAGUAGGAAUAUGACUUACCCUUUUGAUUGUGUGCAGAUGGCUAAUCGCGGGACAGGUGAUGAUGGACGAGGUCGGAUAUGGGGAGAGGGUAUGGAUUGGACAUGCGGAGGAUUGGGUUACAGAUCAGAUCAGGAGGAUGGAAAUGGCAUCAGUGAGAUGUUUGGACACGAUAGGACCCCUCUGCAGAGAACAAGAUCUUUUCCUGUGUACGGUAACAGGACUAGAGUGAGGGAAGACAGUUUGGCGAGUAUUGGCCCAAGUCGUAAUUGGGACCGGAGACAUCAACAUGAUCAAUCCGUUCAAUCACACCCAAGGCCAGAUCAGAACCGUGCCACUGAAGGACCACAAGAUCAAGGAGCGGAAAACACCUUGAAGCUUUUACAUGACGUGAUGACUGAGGCACUUGGUAACCAAGGCAGGCGUAUUCAACCCCCUGAAGUUUCCAAGCUAUUAUCUACCAUGAAGAACAUUGGAUCCUACAAGUUCAAAGGAGGAUCCGAUCCUAUUGAAGCCGGCAAGUGGAUUACUAUGAUGGAGAAGAACUUUGAGGCUAUGGAGUGUCCGGAGGAGUAUCAAAAGAAGAUCGCAGUGUACUAUUUGGAAGGCGACGCAACAGGAUGGUGGGACAGUAUAGACAGGCAGCGUGGACACACCAUCACAUCAUGGGAAUCGUUCAAGGGAGAGUUUGAGAGGAAAUAUUUUCCUCCAGAAGCAAAGCAUCGGUUGGAGCGCCAAUUCAUGAACCUUGUUCAAGGAGAUAGGCUAGUGAGGAGUUACGAAUCUGAGUUCACAAGGUUGAGGCGACAUGUUUUUGAUGGGCGUGAAGAUGAAGCAACUAUGAUCCGUAACUUUAUGUACGGAUUGAAGCUGGAGCUUGGAAGUGGUUUAGCUGGAAGCAACUUUAGCAGCUUAUUGGAUCUGGUAGAAAAGGCUGUUAAUGUUGAGACUGUAUUGGAGGCUGAAAGGAAGACCUUACCACAUUCUGGUGGACACACCAAGUUUAGCCAAGGAGAAAGGCCAAAUUUCAACAAGGGUCCAAGAUCUUACAAAGGAAAAGGGCGAGGACUUGGAGGCCAAGCCAACAAUCGUGGUAACACUGGGGUAUGUUACACAUGUGAUCAGCCGGGACAUAUUUCGAGGUUUUGUCCCAAAAAUCAGCGGAAUAACCCAUGGAGUAACCAGCAGGGUUAUUCAUCGCUGAGGAUGGAAGAUGUUACUUGUUUCUUCUGUGGAAGGAAGGGCCAUUAUGCAUCGUCAUGUCCAAACAAGCCAAUCCCUGCGACCCCUCUCGCGAUCCGAGCUCCUCCUAGCCGUCCAGCUAUUGAGCCAGCACCAAAGAAACAAAACCUAGGAGGUAGAGUUUAUGCCUUAGGGGUAGAAAACCCAGACAAUGCAGGACCGUCAAGCGGUCCCAUCACAGGAACCAUACAUGUUGCUGGUAAACCCACACAUGUAUUGUUCGACUCGGGGGCAACACAUAGUUUUGUGACCCCUGAAGUAGCUGCCCGGUUUUGGGAUUGUUUUGUGGUUGACAGGAUAAACGUGGCCGUCUUGACCCCCGCAGACCGAACCCUUCAAGCAGAUCAGUGUAUCAAGAAUGUUCCAUUGGUCAUUCAAGGCAAAGAGUUUGUGGCAGAUUUGUUAGUCGUGCCUUUGAAAGGGUACGAAGUAAUCCUUGGAAUGGAUUGGUUAUCGGGCUACAGAGUUCAGAUCGACUGUGGAAAGGGAAGGUUGUUGUUUGGCAGAGGCAAACGACCAGAGAUGGUGUACUAUGGAAUCAGUCCUAGUAUGACCGUGUCUUUGGUAGCAGCAAUGAGAGUACAAGAUUUGUUUCAAGAUGGGGAAGUAUAUUUGGUGACCUUAUCGGUUAGUGGAGGAGCCACUAAUGAUGAAGUUAAGGUCGAAGACAUAGAAGUGGUCCAAGAGUUCGAGGAUAUCUUUGCACCACUAAAGGAAUUACCUCCACCUCGGAGUAAUCCCUUUACGAUCAAUUUGGAGCCUGAAGCAAAACCUAUAGCUAAGGCACCAUAUCGGAUGGCACCUGCGGAGUUGGCUGAACUAAAGAAGCAAUUGGAAGAUCUAUUGGAAAAGGGAUUCAUUCGGUCGAGCUCUUCACCUUGGGGAGCUCCUGUGCUAUUUGUGAAGAAAAAGGACGGAAGCAUGAGGUUGUGUAUCGAUUAUCGUGGUAUCAACAACAUCACGAUAAAAGAUAAGUAUCCUCUUCCGAGGAUAGACGAGUUGUUAGACCAACUAAAGGGAGCUAGUUGGUUUUCGAAGAUUGAUUUGGCAUCAGGGUAUCACCAAAUUCCUAUUGCCAAGUCAGACAUUAUGAAGACGGCGUUUCGGACGAGGUAUGGGCAGUACGAGUUUGUAGUUAUGCCCUUUGGUCUCACGAACGCACCUGCGGCUUUCAUGCGUUUGAUGAAUGAAGUGUUUCACGACUAUCUCGACAAGUUCGUGAUCAUUUUCAUUGAUGACAUCCUGGUGUACUCGAGAAGUAAGGAGGAGCACAAAGAGCAUCUGAGACUGGUUAUGGAAAGGUUACGGAAUCAGAAGCUAUUUGCCAAGUUCAGCAAGUGCUCGUUUUGGAAGAGAGAGAUAGGAUUUCUGGGUCACAUAGUAUCAGGAGAGGGCGUUGCUGCUGAUCCAGAAAAGGUCCAAGCCAUACGGGAAUGGCCUCGACCUACCACUGUGACGGAAGUAAGGAGUUUUCUCGGACUUGCGGGCUAUUAUCGGAAGUUUGUUAAGGACUUUUCCUCCAUUGCAAAGCCUUUAACUAAACUUACCGGUAAAGGAGUUCCUUUCUUAUGGGUGGAAGAAACCGAGAAGGCUUUCAAGAAGUUGAAGGAAGCUCUCACGACCGCACCUGUGUUAGCUUUGCCCGAGCAAGGUAAACCUUACACGGUUUACACGGAUGCUUCACGAGUUGGGUUAGGUUGUGUUCUUAUGCAAGAUGGGCGAGUCAUCGCGUAUGCCUCACGACAACUACGGAAGCAUGAGGAUAACUACAGUACACAUGACUUGGAGUUAGCGGCUGUAGUGUUCGCUUUGCGAAUUUGGAGAUCUUACUUGUAUGGAGAAGAAGUAGAGGUAUACACGGACCAUCAAAGUCUUAAAUACCUCUUCACUCAGCCAGAUCUCAACCUGCGCCAGCGUAGGUGGAUGGAGUUUGUGGCAGACUACGAUAUAAGGAUUCGCUACCAUCCUGGUAAAGCGAAUGUUGUUGCGGACGCCUUAAGUCGAAGAAAGUUGGACGCAGAUUUGCAGAAAGAAGUGGAGCUAUUGAACCAAGAGUUGAAACAAGUGAAGUUGGUCGUUUUGGAAGGGCAAGCAAGCGAGCCAUUGGGACUUCAAGCGGUGAAUCAGGCCAGCUUGAUUCAGAGAAUUCGAGAAGAACAAAUUAAGGAUGAGAAGCUACUGAAGAUUGUUGAAGAACUCAAAGGACAAGCCGGGCCAAAUAAUGCUGGAUACUACUUGGCGGAGGAUGGAACCUUGCUAAUUAAUGGGAGGAUCACGGUUCCUAAAGGACAAGGGCUGAGAGAUGAGAUACUAAGGAUUGCACACCAUUCUUUACUUAGUAUCCAUCCUGGAAGUUCAAAAUGUACCGAGACAUAA